CGACAAAGAUCUCUUCAAUAAUAACGAGAUUUAAUUCAAUAAAACAAAAGCUAGCGCCUACGCAUCGAAUCAAAGCUAGUGUCAAUCACGAUCACCUGUCAAACAAAGGUGGCCGGAAAGCUCCGGGAAAGCGCUCCAAUGCUACGAAGGCUCUAUCCUCUCCCACCAUUGGCCAGCCGCCCGCCAAUCAGAGCGAAGGGGCGUGGCGAUGCGCUCGCGCCGCCCGAGCUUACAAUACAAUUCAGUUCAAACGCAGCUGCCGUUUCGUUGAGACGUCUUAUUCGUUAAUUCUCAAACGCGCGUGUAUUUGUAAUAACAAUUUGGGACUUUUUGACCGGAUUUUAGUUAUGAUAUUGUGAAGUGACUGGACUGUGUGUAUAAUCACGAUGAUGAUGGAUCAGGCACACCUCGGAGAGUAUUUGCUGAGGCAGCAAAUGUUGCAUGCGUCGCUGAAUGGCUUGCAACACCGCCUGGGGGUGGAAGCGGAGCCGCCGGCGUGCAAGGCGCGCCUGCUCAACGGCGACCUCUGGCGGCGGUUCCACGAGAUCGGCACCGAGAUGAUCAUCACCAAGGGCGGACGCCGCAUGUUCCCCUCCCUCCGCAUCUCCAUGGGCGGGCUGGACCCUCGCGAAGAAUACUGCGUUCUCCUCGAGCUGACGCUGGUCGGGCGUCGGCGAUGGCGCUGGGCGGGCGGCGCGUGGGCCGAGGCGGGCGGGGCGGAGCCCCAGUCUCCCAGGAGACUCAUGCUGCACCCUGAUUCCCCUGCACCCGGGCACCACUGGACCGCCAAUCCUGUCAGCUUUAGUAAGCUCAAGCUGACGAACAAUACAAUGGAUGCGCAAGGACAUAUGGUGCUGACGUCGAUGCACAAGUAUCGCCCGCGGGUGGUGGUGGUGCGCGCGCGCGACGCUGCCGCCCUGGCGUGGGGCGCGCCGCACGCCGCCUUCUCCUUCCCCGAGACCGAGUUCAUCGCUGUCACGGCUUAUCAGAACGACCGCAUAACUAAGUUGAAGAUUGACAACAAUCCGUUCGCAAAAGGCUUCAGGGCGUGCGGCCAGUCCAAAUGCAAGAGAAAGAACGUGGACACCGAAGGGACGGAGAAUACAGAGUCCACUGAGGCUAAGAGAGCAUGCUCUGACGCAGCGUCUUCAUGUUCGGAAGAAGGAAGCUUGCGCUCCGCUUCCCCUCGGUCGCCGCCUCUCGUGGAGUCUCCGGCUCCGCUGGUCGCUCCGCCUGAGAACAUCACGCCGCCUCCGCCUUUCUGCCCUCCAGAACUGCCCUACUUAGGACAUAUGCACAUGCCUAUGCCCCUAGGUCUCUGGCCGGGACCCAUGGCAGGCUUUGGCUGGGCGCCCGCGCUCCCCCCUCCCCCGCCCGCGGUGCCGUCACCCCCCGUGCCUGCGCCCGCGCCGUGCCGCAGAGUGAAGAGCUUUACAAUAAGCGCUCUAUUAGGCGAAGGGUGAUUCAUGUCACCAUUUGACUUGGUGCUAGUUUAAGCUCGACGGGCAUUAUUUGCAAUAGAUACUUAAUUUGUAGAUAUUGUUGAUAGAAAGUAUUACGUUUGAUUAACGUGAGUUC